GUCUGGCCAAAGGUCAUGGCCACCUGUUGACGGAACCGUUUGUUCUGUUGUGUAUGUGAGGGGCAAGCGUACAUGUAACAUGGUGGGCAUUCAACAGGACUAGGCAAGUAAUUUCAUGGGUGAGAAUCGAUGACAAGGCUGGCAACCUGUUCCAUAGAGGAGCCGGCGCCACAUUAUGAGGUCAUGCCACUGGCUGGCUCGUAAACGUAAGAUCGGAAACAAGCGGACCACUCUACCAAGGGGAUGUUUUGAGUGCAGUCUGGAGGGAUUUUUUGAGGUAGUCAGGAGGAAAGGAGAGUUGGAGUGGAAAACAGCAGAGCUUUUCUUCUAACAAAAGCCAAGAUGUCUUGGAAGCUUCGGAGUUCCAAGUUCCGUCACGUGUACGGUAGCCCAGCGCGGCGUGAGCGGUGUUACGAGGGCCUGCGUAUCUCCAGGAGCGCCCACGAGGGAGAGUUCUGUGCUGUCAACCCAAAGUUCCUGGCCGUCGUGACUGACGCGGCGUGUGGCGGGUGUUUUACUGUUAUACGGUUAGAUGAGACAGGGAAGAUUGACCCCAUGAUCCCAAAGGUCAUAGGUCACCAGGGCGCAGUUCUGGACGUGAAAUGGAACCCUUUUAACGACAAUGUCAUCGCUUCCUGCUCAGAGGACACAUCGGUCAGGAUAUGGUACAUCCCAGACGACGGUUUAGAAGAUAACCUAUCGGAGCCCCUGAUGUCUCUGUACGGCCACCACAGACGGGUCACCAACGUGCUCUGGCACCCCACCGCAGAAAAUAUCCUCCUCAGCUCAGCGUACGACCACAAGAUCCUGGUGUGGAACGUGAACACGGGGCAGGCGGUGACGAUCAUCACGUGCCACACCGACACCAUCUACUCCAUGGCGUUCAACCCCGACGGCAGCCUGCUCGCUACAACAUGCAAGGAUAGGAGGAUAAGGGUCAUUGACCCCAGGACUGGUGCUGUUAACAGGGAAGGCCAAGGUCACGCGGGGCUGAAGGCGUCCAAGGUUCUGUUCCUGGGAACGACCAAGAGACUCCUGACCACGGGGUUCAACAAGCUCAGCAAGAGAGAGUUCCGCAUAUGGGAAAUGGAUGACCUUUCCCGACCUCUAGCCCACGAGGAUUUAGACAGCGCCUCUGGAACAUUGUUUCCCUUCUACGACAAUGACACACACAUUCUGUUUCUUGCUGGAAAGGGUGAUGGAAAUAUCAGAUAUUACGAGAUAGUGACAGAGAAGCCGUUCUUCUAUGACUUGGCAGAGUACAAGUCAUCUUUCCCCCAGCGAGGACUGGGGUUCAUGCCAAAACGUGGUCUCAACACGAAGCGCUGUGAGAUCUUCAGAUUCUACAAACUCCACUCUGCACGAGGCCUGUGUGAGCCUGUCAGUAUGAUUGUCCCUAGAAGGUCGGACCAGUUUCAGGAAGACAUCUACCCCGACACUCCGGGCUGCCGACCGUCCCUCUCUGGUGAGGAGUGGCUGAGCGGGUACAACAGACCGCCAGUCCUGAUGUCGUUACGGGGACACUACAGCCCCAGCUACACCCCCAAACUUCACCUCAACGUGCCUACCACUAAACCCACCAUCACCAACGGUCACGACGGCAUGGACGCCACAGAGAACCUCAGAAGUCCAAAAACAGAAAACGAGUUGCGCAGUAUGGUAUUCCGACAGGAGGAAGAAAUAAGAAACCUUCGGGAAGAGCUGAAGUCCCGGGACGUCCGAAUACGUCAGCUCGAACUAGAACUACAAAACUACAAGAAGAGAGAAUCUACUGACAAUCGUGACAGAGAAGAGAGCAUGGAGAUUUGACCCUUUAAUCACAAUUAAUUGCAGAUUUUUAAUGAAUAUUCAUAUCACAGAUGUGCAAACACUUAUAAUUAAUAUGCCAGCAGCAGGAUAGUAAAUUCAUGAGUAGCAGUCAGAGUCAAAGUACAUGUGAUCAUCACAUGACUGACAUGUGAUCUAAGCAUGACAAGGAUGUGACCACCUCAUGAUAAAUGAAUGGUUUGAUACUUGUACCUAAAUUUCCUGUAUGGGAGGCUGGCCAUCUUAGCCUCCAGUAUAGACACCUGUUCUAUGCAAAACCCUUGGUCUAUCCAUGACAUACAUGUGACAUGCCCAUGAUAACCAUGCAGUCUUCACAUGAUACACAUGUGACUCACACAUGACAGUCAUGCAGUCUUCACAUGAUACACAUGUGCCUGGCACAUGACUCACAGUCAUGCAGUCUUCACAUGAUACACAUGUGACUCGCACAUGACAGUCAUGCAGUCUACACAUGAUACACGUGACUCACAUAUGACAUCCGUGCAGUCUAUGCAUGAUACACAUGU